UCCUUGCGGUCUGAAAACAUCUUUAUAACCAAAGCCCAAGGCUACAAGUUCUUGAGUGUCCUUGGGAUUGUGGGAAUAAAAGAAACCAGUGUGCUAUAUAUAUGGACAGUUUCUACUUCCCCUAAAACAACUUUUCUCCGUUUCAGGUUUUUCACUUCUCUCUGCGCUUUCUUCAAAAAUCAAAAGGAAAAAUGAUCAGAUUGUUCAAAGUAAAAGAGAAGCAAAAAGAGGACAAUGCGAAUGGCAAUGGUGCGGGUCCUGGUAACAAACAGACUGCUGGAGAACUGCGUCUACGCAAAGACAUUACCGAGCUGAACCUGCCCCGUUCUUGUACAAUAUCAUUUCCAGGUGGGAAGGAUAAGCUGAUGAACUUUGAGAUUAAAAUUCAGCCAGAUGGCGGAUACUAUGUUGGAGGAAAAUUUUUAUUCUCUUUCCAGGUUCCAUCAAUCUAUCCACAUGAACCACCAAAAGUCAAGUGCAAGACCAAGGUAUACCAUCCUAAUAUCGAUUUGGAGGGUAAUGUAUGCCUCAACGUACUUAGAGAAGAUUGGAAGCCUGUUCUCAACAUUAACACGAUUAUCUACGGAUUAUAUCUUCUUUUCACGGAACCAAACCAUGAGGAUCCCCUUAAUCUCGAGGCUGCUGCUGUGUUGAGAGAUACUCCUGAGUUGUUUAAAUCAAAUGUGAAAAAGGCUAUGCAUGGUGGAACUGUGGGCAAUAUAAGCUUCACGUGAUGCGUGUAGCCUGCUGUCCUGAUGCUGGCAAUAGUGUUUUGGAUCAGAUGCUGUAUCAUUUUGAGGCUUGCUGGGUUGUAUAUUGUGUCCGCAAACUUGCUGUGCCAUCUUAUUGAGUGUCUGAUUUUCAUGGAGUAUAUAAUUUUAGCUAUAACUUCGACAUGGAUCCAUCUGCGAAUAUUCUUUAAAUAAAUUGCAUUAUUUAGGUAUUUGGAAAAUCUGC